CUCCAACUCCAGGUUCCACUCCACAGCCUCCUCGCUGCCCCCGAGGUGUGGGCACCUGCAAGCAUCAACCCUGGUGCUCCCAGCCCAGCCACUGGCCACCAGCUCUCGGCCUCCUGCUCAGACCCAGCGGCAGCCACCCAUGGCCCCAGAGAUGGACCAGUUCUACAGGUCCACCAUGGCCAUCUACAAGAGCAUCCUGGAGCAGUUUAACCCUGCCCUGGAGAACUUGGUGUACCUGGGUAACAACUACCUGCGGGCCUUCCAUGCUCUGUCCGAGGCUGCUGAGAUCUACUUCAGUGCCAUUCAGAAGAUCGGGGAGCAGGCCCUGCAGAGUUCCACCUCACAGAUCCUGGGUGAGAUCUUGGUGCAGAUGUCCGACACCCAGCGGCACCUGAACUCUGACCUGGAGGUGGUGGUGCAGACAUUCCAUGGAGACCUGCUGCAGCACAUGGAGAAGAACACCAAGCUGGACAUGCAGUUCAUCAAAGACAGCCGCCAGCACUAUGAGAUCGAGUACCGCCACCGAGCUGCCAACCUAGAGAAGCGCAUGUCUGAGCUGUGGCGCAUGGAACGCAAGAGGGACAAGAAUGCGCGGGAGAUGAAGGAAAGUGUGAACCGGCUGCACGCGCAGAUGCAAGCCUUUGUGUCUGAGAGUCAGCGGGCAGCUGAACUGGAAGAGAAGCGGCGCUAUCGCUUCCUGGCAGAGAAGCACCUGCUGCUUUCUAACACCUUCCUGCAUUUCUUCAGCCGGACGCUGCUGCGCUUCUCGGCCGGAGACGUGGUGGAGGUGCUGGUGCCCGAGGCCCAGAACGGCUGGCUCUACGGCAAGCUGGAGGGCUCGUCCACGGGCGGCUGGUUCCCUGAGGCCUAUGUGAAGCCCUUGGAGGAGGUGCCCGUGAAUCCCAUGACCCCCUUGAGCCCUGUGACCUCCAUGAACCCCGUGAAUGAGCUGCCUUCCAGGUCCUACCCACUCCGGGGCAGCCACAGCCUCGAUGACCUCCUGGACCGGCCAGGCAACUCCACAGCGCCCUCAGAGUACUGGGAUGGCCAGGCCCGCUCACGCACCCCGAGCCGGGUGCCCAGCCGUGCCCCCAGCCCAGUACCCGCCCCCUUGCCCAGCAGCCGCCGCAGCAGCAUGGGCAGCACGGGGGUGGCCAGCGACGUCAAGAAACUUAUGUCCUGGGAGCAGCACCCACCAGAGCUCUUCCCUCGGGGCACGAAUCCCUUUGCCACCGUAAAGCUGCGUCCCACCAUCACCAACGAUCGCUCAGCACCCCUCAUCCGCUGAGGCGCCGUCCUCCGUUCGAGGUCUGAGGUCGCACCCCUGCACACCUGCCUGGGCUGCGCAGAGCUGGCGGCAGCAGUGGCGGCGGCAGCAGCAGCAGCAGCAGCAGCAGCAAAAGAUGAGAAUGAAGAUGAGCUGAGAAGCCAGCCCUGAGCCCCCCGGGGGGCUGCCCCUCCCUCAACCACUCCCAGCCCGAGCAGCUCCAAGGAUACUGGCCUGGGGCCUGGGGCCUUCAAAAAAAACUGGUGGAACUGGGGAACAGGGGCCCCAGGACUGUCCCUGGGGGCCUCCUCUCGCCCCGGACCUCUUCCCCUUCCCUUCCCCAGUGGGGGGAGUCCUUGUACCAGCCCCCGCCCCGCACAUGGUACAACUUUUGUAAACGACAAGAAUAAAGGACAUGGAUCGGCA